AUGCGAGCGCUGGUGCUCGAGCUCGAAUGGCACGAGCAGCAGCGCGGUGUGUUUAGUGUCGACAUCGCUGCAGAUGGAACGAUUGCGACAGGCGGCCAGGACAAGCGGGUAUCUCUCUGGCGUCUGGAGCCAGACUGGGAGCAGCUGCGUGCGCUCGCUGCCCAGCCACACGAGCCAUCGAAGAAACAGCGGUACGCACUGGCGCAGGCGGCAGCUCAGUCGGUGCGUUUCCUGGACACACUGGAGGGACACGCCGCUGCCGUCUCCGUGGUACGCUUUGAUCCCGUCGACUCGGGCCGACUAGUCUCAGGGGCGGACGACGGAUACGCUGUCUUGUGGAAGUUCGACGCAGUGCAGGGCAAGUGGCGACUCGAAGCGACACUGCAUGAGCACAACGACAUGAUCAUGGACGUAUCUUGGAGCGCGGAUGGCAAGCUUCUGGCAACGGCGUCCGUCGAUAAUACGGUGGCUAUCUGGAACACCACGGACUCGACUCGACCGCAGUUGUUGUUGUCGCUGCGCGAACAUACGAAUUAUGUGCAGGGGGUAUCCUGGGACCCGCUAGGGACCUACUUGUGCUCCAUGGGCGCUGAUCGCCUUCUACGGGUACAUGAGUGGUCGUCUGAUCGCCGCCGGGUGAUACGUUCGACAGCGGUUGGGAGCAUGGUGCACAGUGAUUCAACUGCGCAUCCCUGCAUGACCGCGGACGCCUCAUGUCCGCCAAGCCAUUCGGAAACGCAACAGAUAACGCCUGUGCCAUCCCAUCCAUUGGAGUCAGAACCGAGAAAACCUUCGUCCCGUCGUCUUUUUGAGAGCGAAGGGCUCAUGCACUUCUUUCGGAGGCUCGCGUGGAGCCCCGACGGCAGCUUCCUCGUCUGCCCGGCGGGCAUCGUCCCGGAGCCACGCGAUGCUGCCCCGACUUGUUCGAGCAGAGACGCAGCGCCGCAUCGGACCAAGGGCGCGCAUGUGUUUGCGCGCUCGAACCUGUCGACACCGCUACUGCACCUCGGUGGACAUGAAGAGUCGAUUCUCGGGGCUCGCUUCUGUUCGCGGCGCUUCGCUCGUCGCCAGGAUCCCACAUUGGAUGAGGACCUUGGUUGCUGGCGUUCGCGAUUGCCAUACCGACUCGUUUUCGCCAUUUACAGCGCGCGAGGUCUUUACAUGUACGACUCGGAAACACCACAUUCUUUUGCAGCGGUGCAAGGCCUCCACUACGGUGCCGUGACUGACGUGGCGUGGUCCCCGGAUGCAUCAUUUCUCCUGAUGUCGUCGCUAGACGGCUUCCUCAGUCUGGUGUGGUUUGAGCGGGAAACAGAACUUGGCAAGUUUUUUGAGGAAUCGGGCGAGCUGCAGACUGGCAGCAGAUCAUCGCCUAGCACACCGUUGACAACUGGUUCUUGCAGCCUGGACGGGGGCCAGGGGUCCCAUCGCAGCGCCGACCCAGUCAUGCGAUGCAACCGGGAACAGCCCAUCGCCUCGACACUGGUAUCGAGCGACGCCGACAGUGGCCAUGGUCGGAACACCGACCAUUCGACGAAAGUCGGGGAACAUGCUGUCAGCAGCACGACCUGA